AAAAAAAUAAAAAAAAGAGAAAGUUGUAAAAGAAAAGAUAGUAUAGAUUGUAUCGACGCCGGUUCUCGUCUGCGUCUCUCCAGCAAUUCCAUGGCUUCGUAUCAUCCCAUCUUUCUUCCUCUAUUCAUACUGCUUUCUGCUUCCGUACUUGGGAUCUCUAACGGGAGUGUGGAGGGCUAUAGUAUAAACGGUAAAGUUAGAUUUCCAGGCGUCAGUCCGGCAGGAAUUGGUCUCCCCGCAAAGAUAUCCAAUGUCAAAGUGAUACUUAACGGAGGCCAACAAGUUACCUUCCUGAGGCCAGAUGGCUAUUUUUCAUUCCAUAAUGUACCAGCAGGAACGCAUCUUAUUGAAGUGGCAGCCAUAGGCUUUUUCUUUUCUCCGGUCCGGGUUGAUGUGAGUGCCAGAAAUCCUGGUAAGGUCCAGGCUGCUCUUACAGAGAAUAGGAGGGUAUUGAGCGAGCUGGUGUUGGAGCCUUUGAGAGAGGAACAGUAUUAUGAGAUAAGAGAACCCUUCUCUGUAAUGUCCAUCGUGAAAAGUCCAAUGGGGCUGAUGAUUGGGUUCAUGGUGAUUGUGAUGUUUUUGAUGCCAAAACUAGUGGAUCCCGAAGAAUUGAAACGGGCUCAAGAGGAAAUGGGAAACCAAGGUGUGCCGUCCCUCGCCAAUUUUCUAGCUGGAGCACAGAGGACAAAUUAAAUAUAUUUGGUCCAAGGAAAGAGAUGCUGAAGAUCAAUUUGUUAUGUUGAGAUUUUGUGUUUCUCCUGCAAGAAAUGUUAACAGCAAUUGGAUUAUUCGAUUCCCUUCCUGCAGGUUUCCUUUAGCACAAGUUUCUCUGUAUCUCAUCUUCCACAGUUGAUUUUGUUAACCAACUUACAUAUUGGAUACUUCAUUUAUAUGAUUAAGAAAGGCUAGUCCAGAGUUGAUUCACUCAGACUGAAUUUGUUUUGUUUCUAUUUAGCCCCCGUGGUAGAUGAAAAGGAUAAUGUAUUUUACAAGGACUAUGUUUUAGUUGUUAUAUUAUACUGUCUGGAUACGA